CGAAAGCGUUUAGAAAUCGACUCAAACGGAUCGCGUGUUUUCUCCCGAUCGGACGCGAAUCACGCCUGUCUCUGGGUUCCGUUAAAGUCUUCCUCGGCCCCAAAAUGAAGUGCGUUCAGUGGGUAAAGAUAGUGUUCUGCCUCAUCCUUGCGGCGCUGAGUGUCUAUCUGUUUGUGGUGUCUUGUGGUGUGGAAUAUCCCAUCCUGAUCGCCAGGGAGCACGUACGCUUCCGCCAGGAGAUGCCCACCAUGGACAGCUGGAUAAACUCGCCGUUCGGGAAGCUAAAGAACUAUGUCUUCAAUGUGACCAAUGCCGAGGAGUUCCGGAGCGGACGCGACAAGCGGCUUAAGGUGCAGGAGAUCGGACCCAUUGUCUACAAAAUAGUGGGCUUUAACGACAUAUUGGAAAGAAACGCGACAAACGUUAAGUACAGUAAGCACCGCUACCACUCAGUGGAGUUCCUGCCGGAGGAGAGCGUCGCGCCCGACGUCCUCAACUGGACCAUCACGUCCACCAAUAACGUGAUGUUGGGCGCAGCAACGAAGCUCAAGCACAUGGCCCCGCUCUCAGCCUUUGGUUUCGAUGCCACCUUUAUGAUGGAGGAUAUGUUCAUCACCGACACCAUCUACUACUUUCUGUGGGAGUUCACCCGACCUCUGCUGCAGGCGCUCUCCAAAAUGUCCAACAUGAGAGCCAAUGUUGCAGUUCUGCACAAUGCUCUCAAGGACAAAGAGGAGAUCUACACGGUGAACAUAGGCCCGGAGCGCGGCAUUGAGAACUUCUUCCGCAUCGAAACGCUUAACGACGAGGUCAUCAUCCGGGAGCAGCUACCGCACACCAAACGGUACAAACCUGACCAGUGUCCGUUCAACGUGACCGGCGCCCUGGACAACUCCCUUUACCCGCCCUUCAUCCAGCCUGACACACCGCUGGACAUAGUAGCGAUCGAGUCCUGCCGUGUUCUUCCGCUCACCUACCAGCGCCAGGAGCGAUAUAAUGGGCUGGACGCCUUUCGCUACACGCUGCUCAAGGUCAACCAGACGCCCCCGGCAUGCUUGAGCACCAGCUACGGGAUCAAGUUGCCCGACGGGAUGUUUGACGUAUCCCAGUGUGUGAUAAACGAUGCCCCCUCGGCGUUCUCGAUGCCGCACUUCUACGGGAGCGGCUACAACUGGAGCGAGCACUACGAGGGAUACACUCCCAAUGCCGAGGACCACGAGCCAUACAUUCUGUUGGAGCCGGUCACGGGCAUUCCGGUCAUGGAGAGGUACCGCUUCCAGUCUAACAUCCCUAUUCCCGAUCUCAGAUGGUUUAGUUCAAAGUUGACGAGGUUCAGCCACAUGAUGAUUCCCAGCUUCUGGUAUGAGUUUGAAAUGGGCCAGCUGCCCGGAUUCGUUACCGCCCUGAUGUGGAUCAACGUGAACGUGGUGCAACACAUGCAGCCGUACUGCAUGGGGCUCUUCCUGCUUGUGGCCAUGUGGAGCGUCCUGAAGGCCAUCCGAGUGGCCUGCGGCGGCAUCGGUUAUGUGGGUCUCUUCCGCAAGGUUUGCUGUGGCGAUAUGGGCACGGUCACUGCGCUGGAGACCAAGUUCCCGGCAGCUAAUCUCUCCCUGGCUGUGGCUGUUAAGUAGUGAUCUGCUAAAGAUCUGCUUUACUCCUCAGAGUGGUCCCGUGUGUAUAUAUGUAUACAAGAUUUAGAUUUAGGCUAGAGGUGUGCUGCCGAUGCACUAUCAGUAUCAGUAGUUCGCCAUUACGUAAUAUACGAUUAAGAGGAAAA